GCAACUAGUGGCGCUUCCGCGCGAUUGAAUGCUUAGAGAGGGUGUGGAGAAUUUCGGUCAUUUUCCAAAACAAAAUGAGCGGAGGAUGACUGAAAAUGAUAAGGAUAACUACGAAUUUGAGAGAAUUUUAGCAUCUAAGGAGGUGGUUAGUGCUGAAGAUGUUUUAAAGCUGAAAACAGCAACUAUAGGCUAUUUAUGUUCACCCAAUCGAAACAGCUAUGACAUCCGGUUCCUAAGCUUUUCUCUGAGGGACGUUGACAGUAACAAUAUUAUCUUUGAAGUUCAGAAACCACCAUCAGAAUAUUCCCAAAAAGACCUCGAACAACACAGAUGCAUAAGAUACCAGUUUAACAAAGAAUUUCUACGUUUAAAGACUGUUGGGGCAACUGUCGAAUUUUCUAAUGGAAAUAAACAUCUUUCGGAAUUUCGCAUGAUUGAACGUCAUUAUUUCAAGGACAAACUGCUUAAAAGCUUCGAUUUUAACUUUGGCUUCGUCAUGCCUAAUUCAGUAAACACGGUGGAGCACAUCUAUGAGUUCCCGAAACUCACUGAUGCUGAUGUUAACGAUAUGGUUGAGAACCCUUUUGAAACACGUUCGGAUAGUUUUUACUUUGUCAAUGGAGCUCUCAUCAUGCAUAACAAGGCAGAAUACGCUUUCAACGGAUAGACCGAGCAACAUUUAGUACAUUGGUGUCUUUUCCAAUGUUUGUUAGUCUUUCGCUAAACUAUGCAAUAUUAAAACAAUGUGCAAUUAACUAAUGUUUAUCAGAA